UGGCAGAGGGGGAGGAAGAGGAGGAGGGGGCAGUGCAGAUGGUGGUGGUGGGAGGGUCACCCAGCUCUGGUGGAGUUGGGGCAGGGGCCAUUCCUGGUCCCAGGGGUGGGUCGGACAAGCCCUUCUCCUGCCCGGGCUGCGGCUUGGGCUUCCGGCGCUCCUCCAACUUGUCACGGCACCGCUGCCGGCCGGCCGGCGAGCGUCCCUACAAGUGCGGGGACUGUGGCCGGGGCUUCAACUACCCCUCAGAGCUGGCCAUCCAUCGUCGCAGCCACACUCGUGAGCGCCCCUUCGUCUGCCCGGUCUGCGGCAAGGGCUUCAUCUACUCGUCCAACCUGCUGACCCACCAGAGGGGUCACACCGGCGAGCGGCCCUUCGCCUGCCCCCUCUGUGGCAAGGCCUUCGCACGCUCCUCCAGCCUGGCCGCCCAUCAACGGGUCCACUCCGAUGAGCGUCCCUUCCCCUGCCCCGAGUGCGGCCGUCCCUUCAAGAGCGCCAAGGAGCUGAAGAUCCACCGGCGCCUGCACGCCGGCGAGCGCCCCUUCCCCUGCACCGAGUGUGGCAAGGGCUUCACCCAGCUUUCCGUCCUGCUGGACCAUCGGCGUACCCACACUGGCGAGCGCCCCUUCGCCUGCACCCUCUGCGGCAAGGCCUUCGCCCGCUCCUCCAGCCUGGCUGCUCAUGGGGGCGUCCACUCCGAUGAGCGCCCCUUCCCCUGCGGGCUCUGCGGCAAGCGCUUCAAGAGCUCCCGGGAGCUCAAGACCCACGGGCAGGUCCACUCGGAGGAACGCCCUUUCCCCUGUGAGAUCUGCGGGGAGCAUUUCCGGCAGGCCCGUAACCUCCUAGCCCACCGGCGCAUUCACACCGGUGAGCGCCCCUUUGCCUGUCCUCUCUGCGGCAAGGCCUUUGCCCGCUCGUCCAGCCUGCUGGCCCACCAGCGGGUCCACUCUGAGGAGCGCCCCUUCCCCUGCCCUGCCUGCCCCAAGCGCUUCAAGAGUGCCCGGGAGCUGGCCACUCACCGACGGGUCCACACGGGGGAGCGCCCCUACGCCUGCCCCCUCUGCCCCCGCCGCUUCGCCCAGCCCUCCAUCCUACAAACCCACCGUCGCACCCACACGGGGGAGCGCCCUUACGCCUGCGCCAUCUGCCCCCGCCGCUUUAUCUGCUCCUCGAGUCUCCUUAACCACCGCCGCACUCACACGCUGGAGCGCCCCUUCACCUGCUCCGUCUGUGGCAAGGCGUUCCGCCAGGCUGCCAACCUGCAGAGCCACCGCCGGCUCCACCUGUGACAGGCCGUGACAAGGGGUGGGGAGGGACAUGACAAAUCCAAGCCCUGCAGCUUUUGCAGACUGUUCCUUGUCUUCCUGGUAAUGCUCUGGGCUUUGGGAGGGGAGAGUUGAGGGUUUGUGGGGGGAGGGUUAGACAAUGAUUGUUCCCCAUCCCGUGUAUCCCUGCAACUAUCGGAGAUCCCCCUUCAGGACGGGAGGGGAUUUCAGACAAUGAAUAAUCCCCUUCUCCCAUAUCCCUGCAGCUCUUGAGGUCCCUUCUGUAAUGCUGGUGAUGCUCUGGGCUGGAGGGGGGAGGAGUUGGGAAUUCAGAUGAAGAUUUGUCCCACCCUGCACAUCCCGGUGGUCCUUGGGGACCUUCUCCUCUGAAUCUGGGGGGACUGUGGGCUUCAGGAGCAGAGUGGGGGUGGGUUUAGAUGGUGUCAUCAUUCGACUCACCUCUGCAGCUCUCGAGCACCCUCUGAUAUUCAGGAGGGGCGAGGAGACGGGAUGGGGGUGCUUAGACAACAAUUCAUCCCAUCCCUGCAGCCCUCGGGGGCUUCUCUGAUCUUCAGGAGGGCAGAGGGUAGGGAUGUGGAUCAAAGUUGGUCCCUGCAGGGUCUCCUGGGCUUGGAUGGCGGAGUGUUCAGCAGUACGGAAUAAGGGAGAGUUUUGGGGGUGUUGGGGCAAGAAUGCAUGUCACUCCCUGUGACACUCGGGGACCCCUUUAUGUAAACCUCGCUGUGAUUCGGGGAGAGGAGCUGGAAGGGUCACCUAUCCCCUCACAUCACUGCAAAACCCAGACCCCUCCCUCUAGGCCUGGUGGGGCUCUGAGGGUAAGUGGAGAGAGAGGGCUGGGGGCCGCUAAGACAACAUUGUAUAUCCCUGCUACACUUGAAUCCCUUCUCUACUUGUUAAAGGAGCUUGGUCUUCCGCAUGUUUUUCUUCUGGGGUAGUAGAGGGGCUGUGAGUACAGAGGAAUCAGUCAGAAUCACUGGGCCCAUCCAGCCUGUUGGUGCCAAUUCCACACCUCCCAUCAAGCAUCUGCCGGUGAGCACCUCGCAUUCGAGGUGGGAGGGAGAGUGAAACCGUCAAUGUGAGAGGGUGGGGUGGAUCCAGGAAUGGCGCAGGAGGUCGGCUAGCAGGGGUGGGUG